CUGGAUGCGCGCGGGAGAUUUGAACUUUCUUUCCAAGCAGUCAGGUUCCGCGCGGAAAUAAAGUUGCGCAGCUGUUUUCUCUUCAGGCCUUACAACCAGGGGCCAAAGUGCAGACUACAGAGAAUGGUGGAAGGACCAGGAUGUACUCUGAACGGAGAGAAAAUUCGGGCGCGAGUGCUCCCAGGCCAGGCGGUGGUAGAUGUGCGGGGAAGUGCUGUGCCGAACCUGGAGAGCCCCGCAUUGUUACAGGCAGCCUCAAGGGUCCAGAUCUCUUCACAGGCUGUUGCACUGAAUAGUAAUAAGGAUUCCAGACAGAAUUUUUUGCGACUGUUUAAUGGAUGUGUUUACAGUGGUGUGGAAACUUUGGGGAAGGAGCUCUUUAUGUACUUUGGCCCAAAAGCUUUACGGAUUCACUUUGGAAUGAAAGGCUCCAUCAUGAUUAAUCCACUUGAGUGUAAAAGAAAAAAUGGUGUUUCUCCUGUUUUUGAAGUGCAACUCACCAAAGAUUUGAUUUGUUUCUUUGACUCAUCUGUAGAACUCAGGAACUCAAUGGAAAGCCAACAGAAAAUAAGAAUGAUGGCAGAAUUAGACAUAUGUUCACCUAAAUUUAGUUUCUCAAGAGCAGAAAGUGAAGUUAAAAAACAGACAGGUCGGAUGCUAUGUGAUGUGUUACUGGAUCAAAGAGUGUUGCCCGGGGUAGGCAACAUCAUCAAAAAUGAAGCACUCUUUGACAGUGGUCUUCAUCCAGCGGUUAAAGUUUGUCAGUUAACAGAUCAACAGACCCAUCACCUUGUGAAGAUGACUCGAGACUUCAGCAUUUUCUUUUACAGGUGCUGUAAAACAGGAUCUGGUGUCUUUAAACACUGCAAGGUUUACAGGCGUCCUAAUUGUGGUCAUUGCCACUGCAAAAUAAUUGUAUGUCGCUUCGGGGAGAAUAACAGAAUUACAUAUUUCUGUCCUCAAUGUCAAAAAGAAAAUCCUCAACAUGUUGACAUAUGCAAACUGCCAACAAGAAAUACUGUAGUCAGUUGGACAUCCAGCAGAAGGGAUCAUCUUAUUGGCUUGGUGGCUCAGAAGUCCGAAGAGCAAUGGACAUGUUCAGUCUGUACGCUAAUAAAUAAGCCCUCUGCUAAGGCAUGUGAUGCUUGCUUGACCUCAAGGCCUAUUGAUUCAGUGCUCAAGAAUGAAGAAAAUACCAUUGUCUUUAGCAACUUGAUUAAGUAUCCUUGUAAUAGCUUUGGAAACACACAUACAGAAGUAAAGAUCAACAGGAAAACUGUAUUUGGAACUACAACUCUUGUCUUAACUGAUUUUAGCAAUAAAUCCAGUACUUUGGAAAGAAAAAGAAGCCAAAACCAGGUACUAGACGGGGAAUUUCAAAACUCUCUUCCUACAAAUGUUUGUCUUAGUGAUACACAGCACCCCUCCAAGGAGAGAACAAACUAUAUAACUCAACUAUCUAACAAAGUAAACAUAUCACCUUUGGUCUGCUCUCAGUCUGAAUUAUUUAGUCCAGUACAUAAAAAAUUGAAAACAACCCGCCACUCGGAACCAGAUCUCAAAAGUUGCAACCCUGGAUUUUCUAACAGUGAACUCCAAACAAAUAUGACAGCUGGUCCUUGUACCUUAAAUAAUGGCGGCCCUCGAUGCAGUAAACACAACCUCCGCUGUGUUCUGCGAGUUGUGAGGAAGGAUGGUACAAACAAGGGAAGACAGUUUUAUGCUUGUCCUCUGCCUGGAGAAACAAAAUGUGGAUUUUUUGAAAAAUAUUCACUGAGCAUCAGCUGUUCACUAUGCUCAGUGCUGAAGACAAUGGAAGCCAUAAGGCAGACAGGUCUCUAUGGUCUGAUGGAGAAAAAAUGACUUAAACCAGGAUUUGCAAGACAAUGUAAUAAAGGGUAUGAUAGAAAAAUAAUGGAGACAUCAUUGAAGGCCAGAAGACUUUACUCUGUGGGGACUGAUAUGCUACUGAAAAAUUUUGAGCAGGAAAAUGACUCCAAUGUACAUUUUUAGUAAAGUAAACCUGCAUUCAGUGAGGAAGAUGCACUAGUAGGGAGCAAGAUCUGGGGAAGGCCAUGAAUUUGAAAAACCAAAGUCUUGUAGUUUUCUACCACAAUGCUAUUUACAGCCUCCACCUCCGUGUAUUUCCUGCCAGUCUACCCUUUCUGUACUCUUCUCAUUCCACAUGUGGGUUGCCCAGCUUUUAGCCCUGAGCGGACACCUUUGUGUUCCCUACACUCUAUCCCAAAUAUUUCCACUUGAAUAAUCAAGGAAGACAUUAAUAUGAGUAGAAUAUUCACACCAGCAAAUGCAAGAGGAUUAAUCUCUUCAGAGAUAUCUUCCAUUUCUGUUCUAAAGGUGUGAA